AUGGCAGCGAUGACAGCACACCCCUCGCUGGCGCCGUCCCGCGCCGCCCCCGACCUGGCCUCGCACACCGAGCCGGCCGCGACAUUCGACUUCACGCCCUUCCUCCGCGCGACGCACCAGCACGCCCUCGCCGCCGACUCGGCGCCCGGCGGGCAGCCGGCGCACACGCACGCGGGCCGCGGCCCCUCGCUCGUGUGCAAGCACUGGCUGCGCGGGCUCUGCAAAAAGGGCGCCCACUGCGAGUUCCUCCACGGAGUACAACCCUCCGCAAGAUGCCCGAGUGCAACUUUUUCACGCGAACGGCUACUGCUCCAGCGCGAGGAGUGCUUCUACGUGCACAUCGACCCGCAGUCAAGCUGCCGCCCUGCCCCCACUACGACAUGGGCUUCUGCCCCCUCGGCCCCGCCUGCGCCAAGAAGCACGUCCGCCGCGGGUUGUGCCUGUUCUACCUCGCCGGCUUCUGCCCCGCGGGCGCAACUGCCGCGACGGCCCCCACCCCGCGGUGGGAAGAAAGAACCUCGAGCCGGCCGAAGCUCCAAGGGCCGAGGGCCCAACGCAAGAAGGGGGGAGCUUCAAGCGUCAGGGAGGAGGUUCGAAGAGGAGGGCCGCCGGCCUCCAUUGAACCGGCAAAAGGGUUAG